AGCAUUUUCUUCCCUUACUGAUCGAAGUAAUCGCCGCAUGGCAACUUUUGGAAAAUUCGACGAUCGGCAGGGGCAGCCUACUACACGUAUGAAACGGCGUACAAGCAUCAUUCUUCUUGCGUCGUUACGCAGGGAAUUCUGUAGAGAUUUGCAAGAAUGGCCGAAUCGAACGCGAACACUAAUCAGUUACCACCAACUAAAGUCAGCAAAGAAGUAAACCAAUCUCCAGUCAAUAGUGUUAGCAAUGGAUAUUUCUGUGAAAAUAUUUCGAUUAAUGGACAGUCACUCCCUCUUAUGGGAGAUGAAACGCAGAAGACUCCUCCUCCAUCCAUUUCUCCUAAAAAAACACCAAAAAUCAACAAUUUGGAACUGAUCCUGAAUGACAAAAACACCUCCAAGAAACCUAAAAUAAAAUUGAAUAACCUCUACUCUAAUCCGCUAGAUAACUCUGAAUCCAAAACACUUCUUCAAAAUAAUUUGAUGAUCUGCGAUAGGGAGAACGAAGAUGACAGACCCGUACUUCGAGUCCAGUUCAACAGUGGGAACAACAGCGAUACUUCUAUAAACAAACCAUCGUGUAGUCCUCGAUCUAGUUUGUCAUCUAGUUCAUCGUCCUCAAGCGAAUCGUUAGAAAUUUCUGAAGCCUCACCCCCCGAUGGAGGAUGGGGGUGGGUAGUUGUGUUCGCUGCGUUUGCAGUUAAUUUAAUAGCGGAUGGUAUUACGUUCAGUUUCGGUGUAAUUUUUGUAGAAUUUCUGAAAUAUUUCGGUCAAAAUAGAAGUACUACGGCAUGGGUAGGAAGUCUCUUUAUGGCGAUGCCUCUGUUAUCCGGUCCAGUAGCCUCUUUCCUCACAGACCGCUACGGCUGUCGAAGAGUUACAAUUUUUGGUGCAAUACUAGCUUCUGUCGGGUUCAUUAUAAGCUCAAUGGCAAACUCUAUGAUUGUUCUCUGUCUCACUUUCGGAAUUUUAGCCGGUUUUGGUCUGAGUCUUUGCUUCGUAGCAUCGGUCGUGAUAGUAGCUUACUAUUUCGAUAAGAAAAGAUCAUUUGCUACUGGCCUAGCCGUUUGCGGAAGUGGAAUAGGAACAUUUAUUUUCCCACCUCUCAUACAGCUGCUUCUUGAUGAAUAUGGAUGGAGAGGAACGACGCUAAUACUAGCAGGACUCUUUUUGAACUUGAUAGUUUUCGGAGCUUUGAUGAGAGAUCUUCCUUGGACUUCGGAAAAACAGAAAAGCCUAGCCAAGCAGAGGAAAACAAACAGACAUUUGAAGAGGAAAAACAAAGGUUCUUCAGUCGACUCGUUUUCAGUUAGCAUUAGUACCAAUACAGCCAGUGUACUCCAACCAAUUUUGGAGGUCCAAAAGGAAAUUGAUCCUGAUGAUAUUCCUCAAGAUAGGCUUUACCGUUCAUUAGUUAACUUGCCUACUUUCGUGAAGAACGGAGAAAAAGUACCAGUCGAGGUUUUGGAACUUUUGGCGACGCAUAAAAACGUUUACAACGUUCUACUAACAAAUUAUCCUAGUUUACUGACUCCGUCAAAAAGUUUUGACGAUUCUGAAAAGUUUCAUGAAGGAAUCUUAUCUACGAAACACGCAGCCACUCACUCAGAGUUGUCGCCUCCUUCUAGUUCCAUAGAAACUAAAGCCAAUUAUAACGAAGAUUUAGCGUGUUUGGGAUCUUUAAGGAGAGACCAGAUGACUCCCCCACGAAUAAAUCCUCAGAAGAAAGUUCCUACAGCUUUCCUGAGAGAUCUCAAAAUUCACAGAUUGUCAGUUUCUUACAGAGGAGCUAUGCUGAACAUCAACAGGUACAGAUUAAGAGCUAGUUCCUGCCCCGAUAUCUAUAGGAAUUCUAUGACAACUAUAGCCGAGGAAAAAGUUGUAUGGUAUGCCGGACUUUGGGACCUGUGGGAUCUGCUAGUUGAUAUGUUUGAUUUUUCCCACUUUGCUGAUCCGAAGUUUUUGGUUUUCGCAUUAUCCAAUUUUCUGUUGUACACGUGGUACGACGUUCCCUAUGUCUACUUAACAGAUAAUGCCAGGAUAUACGGGUAUUCUGAAGAGGAUUCUUCACUACUGAUUUCUGUCAUAGGGAUCGUUAAUAUGGUUGGAGAGGUAAUAUUAGGGUGGCUUGGAGAUCGGAAAUGGGCGAAUGCUAGCAUCAUCUACGCGAUUUGCAUGGUGUUAUGCGGAGGAGUGAUAGCCUUGAUACCUCUCUUCCACUCAUACGGAAUGUUUCUCUUUCUGUCUGGAGGAUUUGGAUUCUUCAUCGCUGCCAAUUAUUCACUUACAUGUAUUAUAUUGGUUAAACUCAUCACUCUGGAUAGAUUCACGAAUGCUUACGGGUUGUUAUUACUGGUUCAAGGUAUUGCUAAUCUCAUUGGACCACCAUUAGCAGGAUGGAUAUAUGAUAUAACCGGUACCUACAGAUUAUCGUUCUAUCUGUCUGGCAUCUUCAUAGCUAUAUCAGGCUUCAUGUUUGUCAUUAUACCCUUAACAAACCGAUAUAAGAAAACGUUCAAACGCCAUUCCUCAAACUCACCUGUGGACUGUGAAUCACCCAAAGAACCAACACCAACAAAGAUCGUCUUAGACUCUUUAGAAACAAACAAUGAGAAAGAUAAAUAAAUUGAAAAUAUUUGUAAGUAAUUGUACCAGUUGCAACCCUAACAUCUGUAAGUGAACUUAAUAAUCAUUCAUUAAGUUUUUCGUGGAUUUAUGUUGAGUGCUUAUGUUGAGUGUUGGAAUUUAUUUUUGUUUCGGGCUUUGCCCUAUGUUUUUCGAAGUUGUAGUUAUGGCCUAUACGAAGUCAAUUCGGCAUAAAAACUAAAUAGUAACCGAACUUCGGCAGUUUAUUUGUAUGGCAUGGGUGGCAGGGUAUAAUUUACGUGAUCUAAUCAUUAUUUUUAUGUGGGAGGCUUUAUAGGGUAUUAACGAGUAAAUUUGUAUUGACUUCGUAUAGGCUAUAGUUUAAGGAUAAGGUUGUGUUCAUUAAUUUACGUUAUUUCUACUUAUUCAACUUCAACAAAGGUGAAAAUUCGAAAUACUUUUCAAUCUGAUAUUUCUUCAGAAAAUUAAAAUGAAUUACUUCUGUUCCAACAUUACUGUAAUUUAGUUAUUACUAUAAUCUAUUUAUUGAGAUCAUUUGAUAUUCAAAUUUGAUAAAAAGGAACUCACAACAUAAUUAUUUGAAACAGAAAAAGCAAUGAGAAAGUUGUCAACUUUUAAUGAGUAAAAGUUUUCUGAUCUUCCAAUUUAAAUACCUCCUAAUGUAGAACUUUUCAAGUACUGUAAGAUUUUCAGUCUCAGGUUUUGAAUGUUAGCUAAAUAAUUAUUAGGAAAUUAUAAUUUAAAAAAAUAAGUAUCAUUGAGCGUUACCACAUUUGAAUCUGGAUUUUGGUAUUUGUUAUUAGGAAACUUGGUCCAAUUAUGUUUUCUGUUUAACAUCCUUUCUUACAGAUAUUCAAAUACCUGAAAUUAUAUGCUGGUCAGUAUUUAGGAUAAUAAAUAACAUAAAAUAAUCUUAUUGUUAUAUAUUUUUAAAUGGGUAAUAGAAACUGUAAAUACUUUCAAAAUUGUAGUGUUAUUUAUUAUAAGUAACUAAGUUACUAAUUGUGCUAUAAUUAGAAAAGAAUAAUAAUGGUUUUAUUUGAGUUAAUUUCGUUGAUAUGAUGAUCAACAUGAAUUGAUUUUGUUUUAUGUUAAAAUAUAGUAUUACUGUAUCUGUAUGGAUAUUCUUAUUUUCAAUUUUCAAAAGUAAGUAUUUCACUUGACUGCAUCUGAAAUAACCAAUAUGUACACUUAAUUUACAAAUUUCUAAAUAUCGUAAAAUUAUUUCCUUCAAAGUAAGAAAAUUUUAUUUCUUCUUGUAGUAUAUUUGAUAGGUGUCAAAAUUUUCCAAGAAUGUUUAUAUUAUUUUAACUUACUUAUUUACUGUUUUUUUAUAACCCUAUCUUCAAAUUAGAAAAAAAGUUAUUGUGGUCAACAACUUUCAAUUAAAGUAUCAAACUAAAUUGAUUAUUGUAAGUGGGCAUUUACAAUCUCAUUAGCUAUAUCCAUUGAAGAAAAAUUUCGUAGGUUAUAUGGGAUACUUACCAAAAUAUGAGGUUUUAUUUUGACAAUAUUCAGAUUUAUCCUAAUCUAUUUUUCCUAUGGCAAAUUAGCUAUUGAUUUAUGUUACCAUUGACGAAAUAUGAUAUAUUCUGAUUAGGUUUAUCUCCAGAAUACUCGAUGUUGCAAUCCAAAAGGAUUUCCUGCUAUGUAAUUCUGAUUCAUUUUAGUUUUAGAAAGUGUUCAGCUAGAGUUUAAGAAACGAUUGUAUAUAUUUUCAGUAGGCUGUGUUAGCUAUUACCUUUUCAGAAAAUCCAGUAGUUUUGUCGAUAAAAAUCGUAGAUAACACAAUAAUAAUAAUAUAUAACAAUCAUGCACCGUUUUGCCAAAUACUGUUGUUUUUUGAAUUUGUUGAGAAUUUAUUGUGAGGUUCACGUAAAAUUUCAUCACAAAUCAAUAACUAUUUAAGAGGUCAUUAACUGACUAUUAUUGUUUCACAUUGAUAAUAAAAUCAAUGAAGGAAGAAGGCAAAGGGCAGCUAUUUUGAGAUAAUUUGAGAGUGUAUCAAGUUAGGAUAUCUUAGGGUGCAAGUUCAUGGAUAAUUGGUUAUGACAUUAUUGAUGAAUUCUUCACUUGUCCUCUCAUUCACAAUAUAAAAAUAGAAUUAAAAAGAAAUAAACUCAUUUGAAAUGAAAUUUUGCGUGUACUGCCCAGUACUUUCCAAAUUACAAGCGUAACUGUGAUUGAAAAUUGCAAAAUAUGGAAUAGAUAUAAGUUAUAUUCGUCUUUCUUCUUUUCACGAAGGAGAGGUUUUUUAGUUUUCUCAUGCUUCUCAACUGCACCACAUGAAUACAGUCAAAGUCGAUUGAUAAUAAUGGAUAGUGAUAAAAUAGUGUCUUGUUCUUUAGUAUAUAGAAACCCACUAUCAUGUUUGAAAUUUUUCGGAAAGUUGAAAUCUAUUAUAACAAGCCGAAUUUUCUUAGAAAUAUGUGCACUCACUCUCUACUAUCAUUUGUUUUUGGAAAUGUCCAAAAUCUGCCAUUUAUUUUUGUUUCAGUAUCCAAUAUAGUAUUCUUAGUUAGAUAUUUACAACACUUAUUUCCCAUAAUAUUAAUACAUUGUAAGUUCGAAUUCAAAUAAAUGCAAUGAAUCGUAA